CUCUCGAUUUCUUUUGCUCGACUCAUGUUUUCUCUGUUACUGCUAAUUUUUGCACUCCUCCCAUCAGCUUUCACCUAUGUUCGAGUAGUAGGCAACCUUGCCUUGGUAGCUCGUCCGGUUGGACAUGUAGGUACCGAUGCGUCUCCAGUACAGUCGAACGUUGGAGAGUUCUGGUGUGGUCUCGAAAAAGUCGGUGAGGAAAUACCAGUUGAAUAUGGAGAAUUCACCCGUCUUCGAGAUGGGAAGGUAUUCGAAGGAACAGUAAAGGAUAAAAAAGCGAAAUUGCAUUUUGGGCGAGCUCCCGCGACAGUUGCCGGGAAAUACUUAUGCGAAGUUCGUGGAGAAGAUGGGCAGAUCCUGAGUGGAAACAUGUUUGUCUACUCUCCCCCUGUGCUUCGGCUUCCAACUGGCUCCACUUUUCGCGAAAUAUGGGGUGCUCGACCACCAAAAGUGAUUGGAGGAACAAAAACGGUCAAACGCGGUAGCAGCAUUGAGCUACGUUGUCCUGUCUUUGGUUAUCCACAACCUUGGGUUCGAUGGGAAAAAGAUGGAGCGGCGAUAGAACCAAAUCCUUCGCUUACGUAUGAUGGUGACAAUAUCGUGAUUUCUCAUAUGGAGCCUGAUUUAGCCGGUACAUACACAUGCAUUGCUGAUAAUUCUUUUCCAAUGUUCGUCGACGGUCCAUCAAUGCCGCACUCACUCGUUUACGAGCAAAAAGUUGUCGUUAAUUAG